AGCUGCUGAAUGACUUGCAGGGAAGCAAGAAGGGAAGGUUCUUCCCUUCUCUGCAUCGAUCCUUCCGAAGCUCUCAGGGCCGGCCCUGGCAAAGCGCUAGCAAUAAACUGCAAGACAGCCCUGCACUCCUUCCCAGCAUCUCUGCCUCUAGCAGGCGGGGGACCUCCUGGAUACACGCGGGGAGCUUCAUGGGUCCUGAGGUUCUCCAGUGUCUUCUCCCCCCCAGAUGGGAGCACACUGCUUGGAGCCACCUUGUCUUGUAGGAAGAAGCUGCUACCAGGCUGCAGGAGGAAUACAACCAAGGGAAUAACCCCAGGAAAGGAGCCAGUUUCUCUCUUGGAAACGGGUGGGCAGGGGAGAGAGGGGGCCAUGGAGGAGACCAACUUGGAGGCGAUGAAGGUCCUGCCAGGAUCCUUGUAGAGGGUGGAGAAAAAAGAGAAAGGAAGGAAGAAAGCGGAUGCGCUGCCCGGCUAUCUCCUCCAGGCACUGUAGCAAUUUUUGUUCCUGGGACUUCAGAAUCACAUGUGGUGCGCAAAGUGGUUUUUUCCUGGGAGCAUCAAACUAGAAGGAAGGGGACCCGGAUCCUUCAGUCCCUGCUCAGGAAUGGGUCAGCUUUAGAGAGACCUGGGAAGGUGUCUACAAGCGCCCAUCUCUGAGGUCAAUUUGAAUCCAGUUUAUGUAUUUAUCUCUUCUUUUUUUGUGUCUUGACGAGCGACAUGCAGCACAUCAGCCUCCAAAACCUUUCCAUAUGUUUCCAGCUCCUAAUGCUUUCCUGUCAAACCCAGGGGGAGAAUCAACCGUCUCCUAAUUUUAACCAGUACGUGAGGGACCAGGGCGCCAUGACAGACCAGCUGAGUCGGAGGCAGAUCAGGGAGUACCAGCUGUACAGCCGGACCAGCGGCAAGCACGUCCAAGUGAACGGCAAAAGGAUCACGGCCACCGCAGAGGACGGCAACAAGUUUGCAAAGCUGAUUGUGGAGACGGACACUUUCGGGAGCCGCGUGCGCAUCAAGGGAGCCGAGAGUGAGAAGUACAUCUGCAUGAGCAAGAGAGGGAAGCUCAUUGGAAAGCCCAACGGCAAGAGCAAAGACUGCAUCUUCACCGAGAUCGUGCUGGAGAACAACUACACGGCCUUCCAGAACGCGCGCCACGAGGGCUGGUACAUGGCCUUCACGCGCAAGGGCCGCCCCCGCAAGGCCUCCAAGAGCCGGCAGAACCAGCGGGAAGCGCACUUCAUCAAACGCCUGUACCGCGGCCAGCUGCCCUUCCCCAACAACGCCGAGCGGCAGAAGCAGUUUGAGUUUGUGGGCUCCUCAUCGCCGACCCGCAGGACCAAGCGCACCCGUCCCCCGCGGCCUCUCACGUAGUGCCACAUGCUUCCCCACCCCGCAGGGGACACAUGGGAUGCCCCCCCUGCUCUGUGUGCCCCCCAGCCACCUGUGCAGCUGCUCCAUACCGGGCAUCAUCAGACAACACUGCCUGCUGUGUGCCCGCCCCCUUGCCCACUGCCCCCGGUGGCACAUAGGACUCCGCCUCUCCCACCCCAUGCCUCCCAGGCCCGUGUCGUCAUCCCCCGUCCCCCCCCAUGUUUCUUACAAAGAUGCUAUAUUUUUAUACUCUGACUCUCUUAGGCACAAACUAUUGGCUGGAGGGAGCAAACACCUUGGAUUGAGGAGGGCAUUUCUAGUCUCUAUAAUCCCAGACUGGAUUUCCCUUUGCCUCCCACUGUCACAAUCCCUGAUGUUUGCCCAUUGCUCCCCUCUGUGCAAGCCCCGCUGUAGGACUGGCAGCCAACGGGCUCGCUCCUGGGGGAUUUCUUCAGCUCCCACCCUGGGCAUUGACAUGCUUGUUCCAGCCCAAUGGCCACUUUCCCAGCCUGGCAGUGAGCAAGGUUGGUUUUAUUAUCCCUCGACCCCAACUCAGCACCCAGCUGCCUGCCACGGAGCGGUCUCGGACUGCGGGAUGUCUCUGCGGGGGAGCAGCGCCACAGGACUGGCUCGGGGCUAUGGGAAAGGAUCCUGGCAUGGCCGAGCUCCUAGGCAGUUUCUUUUUGCAGACCGCUGCCGGGCAAGAGACUGCUUUGGUCUGCUCCAAAACCAAGAAAUCCAGGUGACUUGGGAACCCUGAAGGGGAGCAGCAGGGCUGAGGAUGUGCUGGCUUUCCCGUGCAGGAGCAGGCUGUCAUGGUGCUUGUCUCCCUGCAGCCCAUUGCCGUGCUAUCGGGUGGUGCUGCUAUCCCCCCCGGUACAGAUCAGAGUCUGUGGGACUUUCCCAGGGCUCCACGGGGAAAUUGUUGACCAAGUAAAGAAUUGACUCGAGGUCUCCAAAGCACUGGGACAUCUCCCCCUUCUGAGCUAAGCCGCUGCUUUGGCAGAAGCGGGGUCCAGGGGCAGGCCGGUAUGGGGGGAGGUCGAGACCUGCUGUUGCAGAGCGAAGGCCCCAGCACUUGUUUCCCCCUUGUUCUAUCAUUGUCGCAGGCCACUUGAUUUUAUUUAUUGUGUUGUACAUGCCCUAGAAUCGGGGCGUAGCUGGGUGCUGCAAGAAACCAAGCUCCCAGUCCAUUCCCCCAGGUUGUGGGGGGUAAAAGCCCCCACCUCCUAUGCCCUCUCCACCUUCUGACACAACCCCCUCCAAGACAUUAGGACCCCGUCCCUUCAUUUCAUUGCCCCACAAACCCCCAGUUGACUAGAAGAAAAACUUGGCUUAACGUCCAUGAUUGCCCUCUCAGACAAGGAGGGAUCCCUGUUAGAUUUUUUUACCCGCUCCAUUAUUUUCUUCAGGCUUUAAAGGCUUGUCAUUUUAGGCCUAAACAUUUAGCUUUUGGGAUUUGUUGAUUUCUUUUUUUUUUUUUUUUAAACCCUAAAAUGAAUAAAAAUGAACUUCUAGAGAGAGACAGAGCUAUUGUAAGUGUCCAUCAAAGCAGCAUUAUGGAGCUGGUUGGGGUGUUCUGGGGGACGCAAGUCUUGCCUU